AUGGCCGAAUUCGAGGAAUCAUUGGAGGAACUUCAAGGAAAGCAGAAGCUGUACGAGGAACAGCUACAGCAGGUUGAAGAGGCACUGAAGCAGGAAGAAACUGAAGACUUGCAGCGCCUGCGGGCGGACCUCAAGGAGGUGAUUCAGCUAACAAAGCAUCUCGUUGAGUACAAACAGCAGCAGGAACAGCAAGUGCUUGAAAGUCAGGCCGCAGUACUGGCACCAAGUGAAGCAACGGCACCAAAGGAAGCACAACCGUCAGCCACAGUGGCAAGAGAGCAGCCUGUGGGCCCCACAGAGACUCCCGCACCUCCAGCUUCCGCCUACGAACCAGCAGGAGGCACACUUGUAGGCAGGACUUGUUCAGCAGAAUAUGAAGGCAAGAGGUACUAUGCUUCCAUAGUGGAGGUCAAGCGGGACCCAAAGGAAGGGGAACGGGUUGUUGUUGAUUUUAUUGGAUGGGGCAACAGAGAGGAGUAUCCGCUGCAGCAGGUGGUGCUGCUACCUCAGGCGUCAGCCACCGACUUCCCGGCUGGUACUGCAGCGCAAGCAAUCUAUUCAGGGGAUGGGCGUUGGUAUGACUGCUCCAUCAUCGCCGCGAUGCCAUUCGGCUUUCGCGUGCGUUUCACGGACUAUAAAAACGAAGAAGAACUCCCAGGGGACAGAGUGCGGGCCCCGAGGAAGGCAGCUCCCAAGAAGAGAGCCAAUGAUAUUAUCACGCCUGGUGGAUAUAGGAUUCCACAGUAUCUAGCUGCCAAGCCCACAGACACCGAGGCACAGAAGAACAGUAAGAAGCGAAGGGUCAAAGCCAUCAAGCAGCAGCAGAAGACGGAGGAAGCGGAACACCAGCUGGCAAAGAGCGCCAAGUCGUGGCAGCAGUUCAACAAGAAGGCGGUUAGGAAGACAAUGCCUGGGUUCAUGACUGGGAGAGGUCACGAGAGUAUCUUUAGAGGAAUUGAAAUUAAGCCGAACAUCAACCCUGUGGAGGCAUCUAGACAGUUGCAGCUGCAGCAAACCUUCAUGCCCCGCAGGAAGCACGAUUUCGACGAGGGAAAUCUUCCAGACGACUGA